GGUGUCCGAUUACCGAGGCCGACGUCUCCAUUCCGACUCGCGAGUUACUGGUAAUGCGCGACCGAUAACAUGCCUUAUCGCUCGUUCGAGAGAGGAAGCGUCCAAGGAGGUGGUGACGGCGAUACGGCCGCGGCGUCCCAGAUGAUGCGUGUGUGCGUGUCGUAUCGCGCGACGUGACGCGACGCGCAAUCUCUUCAUUAUACACGGAGAUUAUACACCCUCGGUAUCAUAUUCCUCUCCUUCGUCGCCCGCGCGCGCGAGAACUGUCAUUGCAUAUCCUUCUCACUAGUACUCCGUUAUUUUCCGCGGAUCGGGCUAAUUACACGUCACACAUACAUAUAUGUACGUCAACGCUGUCCCGCGACAAGGUGGUUCGAUGACAAGGGAGUUCCUUGUGUACUCACGUGCGACUCGCGCGUAAGUACAGGACCUGUCAAAAGCGACGAAAUGUCAAAUGCGUCAGCAAUAAUAUACAUAUGUGUCGCAGUGAUCGAAGAUUGACAUUUGCGGUGUGAAUGACACGAUGACAGCUAAUUAUUAUUUCGCGAUCGUCGGCCACGCCGACAAUCCGCUGUUCGAGAUAGAAUUCAAUAAUGCUGGGAAGAGAGAGGACGCGAAGAAAGAGGAUCAUUCGCACUUGAAUCAGUUUAUCGCUCAUGCGGCGCUCGAUCUUGUGGACGAGCACACGUGGAAAACCACCAACAUGCAUCUGAAGGUCGUAGAUAAGUUUAAUCAAUGGUUCGUUAGUGCUUUCGUGACAGCGACUCACAUUCGAUUUGUCAUGGUGCACGAUAGCAAGAACGAGGAUGGGAUUAAAAAUUUCUUCAACGAAAUGUACGAAACAUAUAUCAAGUACUCUAUGAAUCCAUUCUAUAAGUUAAAUACUCCUAUUAAAUCUGUGGGAUUUGAAAAAAAGGCACAGUUGUAUGGUAGAAAAUAUUUAUCUUCGUAAACAGCAAUUGAUAUUGAAAACUAAUUUUAUAGAAAGGUGUUUAUAACUUAUUCUUCACUGUAUUUUAUUUUAAAAAUUAUGAUAUUAUAAAAUAUAUUAUCAAUAAGAGUCCUAAAUAUGUACAUUUGAAAGAAUAUGUAUCAUUAAAUAGAUAAAAUGAUUACAA